AUGUCACUUCAUGAGACGACAAGGUCAUAUGAUAUGAUAUGUGCAGUCCCACUACACCAUCCAUAUACAUUGAUUAGCUUCUUCAAGGUUGGUUGGGAGGGAACCAAUACAUUGGAGGAAUACAGGAGGGAUAAGAAAAAGGAAGGAAGCAAACAAGACUACAUAACUCACUACUUGGAAACAUGGCCACAGAACCAUUCUAAAUUUUCAAAUGAUAGCACUCAAGCUUUCGUUUCCCGUGCUACCAGGAGACAAAAACCAAGAAAUCCCUCGGAAAAAAGGAAGCACCAUCUCUUCUCUGCCUGCACAAUGUAA